AUGUUGACAUUCGUCACUAUCGUCGCCGCUGUUAGGACUGCCAUCCAGGAGACCAACCAGGUUCAGGUGCCUGCAGUUCAGGCAGCUGUUCAAAAUGAGGUCUCGGCUAUCACCCGGCCCUCAAACCAUGUCGCGGCUGUCAAUACAGGUAGUACGUUAGUCCCCAAAGCGCCAGUCUUUACUAGCAUUUCUGUUCCGCUGGGCAGUCGUGCCAGCGCUAGGAUCAAGGCUAAAAUAUGGGCGGGGGAAUUCGUAAACUUUGCGUCUCUUCUGGAUGUUUCUCCUCAGCCAGAUAAAUUCUCACUUGCUAUCACGUCCCCAGGUAGCACCGGCGUGACACCGAAUCACACAUUUGAGCUGGUACAAAAUCACAAAAAAGUCUCAUCAAUCUCUGACUGGGUGUCUGCUUUCCACACUUUUGUGGCUAUCUAUUCGGAGAAACAUCCAGGUGAGACGCCGCACUUAAUGCAGUAUUGUGAGACGGUGCGUGACAUCUCGGCCCACGGAGGUGACUGGCACCAUUUUGACGAACAAUUCAGAUUCUUAAGGCAGUCAGAUCCCAAUCGAUAUCCCUGGGGGGUGGUGCAUUGGGAAUUAUGGCACAAGUCGRUUACUUUUCGUGCAAAGAGUGCAUUCCUCGAUAGAUCCAACGCGCGAUUCAAGGGAAGGCCAUUGCGGGGUGUAUGCUGGACUUUCAAUGCCGGCYGCCCAUGUGCGGGGUGUCGUUACGACCACAAAUGCUCCAAAUGUGGAGGUACACACGCCGCAUCUAUGUGUUUCUCCGGAUCUGCCGGCUCGAAAGCUCGUGAAAAACCAUCUUCCCCGGUAAAAGUAUCCGUCCUUAAUAGUCUUUUAACCUCUUAUGACCCUGUUCUUAGACAAUAUUUGGUUGAUGGUUUUUCUUUUGGAUUUCGUGUUGGGUUUAUCGGGGAGGGUAGUUUUAGUGCACUGUAUGUCUUGCCCUUUCUUUUCUUUUUUUCCCCUUGUAAAUAA